AUGGGGAUGAAAACUCUGCACGUCAUUCUCUUGAUUUUUCUCUCUCUGUUUGGAGCCUUCUGUUAUUCACUGCCUCUUUCAACUAGGGGAAGAUGGAUAGUCGACAGUGAAACUGGGAGUCGUGUGAAGCUGACCUGCUUGAAUUGGGCUGCCCACAUAGAUACAAUGGUGGCAGAGGGUCUUCACACACAGCCCAUAAAAGAUAUUGUUGCUAAGGUGACUUUAAUGGGGUUCAACUGCAUCCGUCUCACAUAUGCAACCUUCAUGUGGACAAGACCAGACUACGGCAACAAGACUGUGGCUCAGUCUCUUGAUUCUAUGAACCUCACCCAGGCCAGGGAAGGGAUAGCUCGGAACAAUCCCCAGCUGUUGAAUCUCAGCCUUCAGGAUGCCUAUGAAGCUGUUGUUGAUGCGAUUGGAGCAAAUGGGCUCAUGCUUGUUCUUGAUAACCAUGUUAGCAAGCCCAUGUGGUGCUGCGCCUCUGAGGAUGGAAAUGGUUUCUUUGGAGACAUGUUCUUCGACCCCAAGGAAUGGGUACAGGGUUUAACACAGGUCGCGAGCCGGUUCAAGGGGAAACCUCAGUCUGAUGAAUUCAUAACAGGUGGUGGCAAUGAGCUUGAGGAAUGA